CAAGGGACCGAACGUGUAGAAACAAGAUGGUGGGUGUCUUGUGAACAUGAUUACGUACUGCACUAUAAAUAAUCUUAAAAACCUUAAAUAAAACGGCAAAACUAGGCAAAAACAUUCAUCUGCAAAUGGCCGAAAUAAUAUAUACGCUUUCGAGGCAUAAUAGAGACGUGAAUGGUUGCUGUUUUUCGGCAAACAGCCGCGUUUUAGCUUCGUGUUCAGGGGACAAAACGUCUCGACUUUGGGAUAUCGAAAGUGGAGAAGAACUGCCACAGUCUCCUCUUGAGCGGCACGACUACCAAGUAAACUCGUGUUGUUUUUCCCCAUUCGGGACUAUUUUAGCUACUGCAUCUAGUGAUUGUAAAGUUAUCUUAUGGGAUGUUAAUACUGGGGAAUGCUUAGCUGUACUGGAGGGCCAUCGAGGAGGAGUCCGAACUUGUUCCUUCUCUCCGAACUCGCAAUUUUUGAUUUCUGGAUCUGCCGAUGAAACGUUUUGUAUCUGGGACGUGUCGACUAGGAAGCUGGUACGAUGUGUGGAUAAGAUAGAAAGUACUGUUAAUGCAUGUGUUUUUACACCAGAUGGACUUCAAGUCGUAAUAGGGACGAGUAACGGCAAUUUGUCAAUAUUUGAUGUACACAAAGGCAACCUUCUGAAGUAUUUGGGAGACGCACACGACCUUGGCGUUACAGCCUGUAGUUUUUCUCCUACCUUUGGAUCUGCAGACCAUGAUUAUACUGAAUCCCAAUCAGGAAUCUGUAUCUCAGCUUCAGAUCUUAUUCCCACCUCAGACUCUGGCUCUCAGCCUAUAAUUCCAACUGUAACAGACACUAGUGGCUGUGCUCCUCAGUUUCUGCUGGCGACAGCUGGGAAUGAUAACCUCGUGAGACUUUGGAAUAUAUUCACUUCAUCAGCUUAUUCUGAAGAUUGCCACAUUGAUGCUCGGUGUGUAUUGGAUGGACAUCAGGGACCAGUUUUGGACUGCAAAUUCUCUGCCAAUGGAAGAAUUCUUGCAUCUGCGUCAAAUGACAAGACAGUAAUUUUAUGGGAUCCUCUUAGGGCAGUAACAUUGCAUACUAUCACUGGACACACAAGGUAUGUGACAUGUUGUGCCUUCUCACCUGAUAGUAGAUGGUUAGCAACAGGGUCGGGGGACAGAACUAUGAGAGUGUGGCAAAUAACCCUUACAGAACGAGGCGACCUUGAUACUAAUGCCAUCAUAUUGGAGAGAAAGGAUGAUUCCCAAACCAUGCCUUUGGAAAAACCCAAAAAGAAGCUGCUUGCUUUAUGGACAGUUGAUGAAGUGUGUAGUUGGCUGGAGACCAUUGGGUUAGAGCAGUAUGGUGAAUGCUUCAGGGAAAAUGCCAUCGAUGGAGCAGAAUUAUCAAACAUGACUUCUGAAAUGCUUUUAAAUGACAUCAAAAUUGGUCCUGUUGGACAUCGUAAUAAAAUUCUCCGAAGCAUCAACGACAUUAAGAAAGAAGAAAUAGAUGACAAUAUUCCUGAUGAGUAUCUCUGUCCAAUAUCCAGAGAAGUGAUGACAGAUCCUGUUAUAGCAGCAGAUGGUUACUCCUACGAUCGUAACGCCAUCGAGUUAUGGUUACGGUCAGGACGACUUACCAGCCCCAUGACCAACGCCCCUCUCAGGAACGCCACCCUUACUCCUAACAGGAUGCUCAAAAACAUCAUUAAUCGACAUUUUGGUCAAGCCAACCAACCCCUGGCCUAAUGUAUUCCCUGGCUGCGAUAUAUUUGGUAAUUUUAAUUCCAGGAAUUUGUCCCCCUUGCAAUCUCUUCCUGGUCUUACUGUUUAGUGGUCAACCAGUCUAUGCAACGCAUUGUUGAAUCUUGGAGCGAAAACCAGCUCAAACAACUCCCUUUUGAUAUACUUUUAAUCAUCUGCUAGUAUGAAGUGCGCGUUAACAUUAGUCUGUGUGUCGGGGGGUCCAGUUCGAACGUAACCUGAGUACAUCAGGCUCUCCUUCCCAUCCCCACUCACCCUCCCCCGGGGCCUGAUACUCAGGCUAGUUCGGACGAUCGUGCUUAUGACUCUCGUACUUCAGAAAGCCAGGCGCUGUCAUUGUAAUAGAUUAGAGGAAAGAGAAACGAACACAUAAUCUAUUAUAGUAAAGAGUUGGCAUGGGCGAAACCAAGAAAGGAAAAUUGAAAUGCUUUCGUCUGGAGUAACUUGAAAGUUGUAAAUAGAUAACAUUUAGUGUGAAUAUUAUUUUUUCUUAUUUACUCUAAUGUGUGUGAUCUUAAAAUAUAAUACAUCAAAACGAUGAAAAGGACUUGCUUCCGUUUUCUUGUGAAGCAAUUUCUUGACUGCAACAUCAUGAAAUAGAAAACGCGCAUGCGUGCUGUGUACUCUUAUGAAGCACACGCCAUUAACCAAUCAGAAAACAAGAUUUAUAUAACAGUACUUUUAUAAUUUGGAAGUUGAAAGUGCGCAUGAGAGCUAUUAGGUAUAUUCUUCUUCGCAGCCGUUAUUAAUAUUGCCCGGGACCGAAUCAUAUAUAUACAUAUAUAUAUGCACCUACUGGCAAGAACGUUGUCAUGCGAUAUUAGAACAGUAGUAAUUUAGUGAGAAAGAAAUAUAUUAAAAGACAAAAGAMAAAGUUCAGCUUCAGUGAUCUUCUUUUGUUUUUUAAUAUAAUUCCUAUCCCACUAAAUCAAUAAUGUUCUAUUUUCGUAUGACAACGUUCUUGCAAGUUGGUGUAAACUUCAGUUACAAUCUUCCAUUUUAUAUAUAACAUACAAGAACAAAAAAACAGAAAUAGAUAAAGAAUUGGAUCGGCUGAGAACGAAACUAAUGACGGCUGCGAAGGACACUAGCGAGGUAUGUGCUUUCAUAAAGCACGCACUCAACCAAUCAGAAAACGAGAUUUAUUACAGUUAUUGUAUAACAGUCUAUAAACGGUGUGCCAUGAGUUGUUCUGAAGUCACUAAAUCCGUGAAAUAAAUAUUAGACUAAAACACUUUAGUA